CUGUUUGAGUGUCCGGCCGGCGAGUCGCUCGCUCACUGUAUCAGCCAGGACUGUCGGAUGGGAGCCGGCAUCGCCGCGCUCUUCAGGAAGAGGUUCGGGAGCAUCGAGGAGCUGCAGGAGCAGAAGAAGAAGCCUGGGGAAGUGGCAGUGCUGCAGAAAAACAACAGAUACAUUUACUAUCUGAUCACCAAAGAAAAGGCGUCACACAAACCCACGUACAGCAGCCUGCGGGGCAGUCUGAUAGCCAUGAAGACGCACAGCCUGGCUAAUGGAGUCACUCGCAUCUCCAUGCCAAGAAUUGGCUGCGGUCUGGACAAACUAUCCUGGGACAAGGUGGCCACGAUAAUUCAAGAGGUGUUUUGCAACACGGACAUCUGCAUCAGUGUGUACACUUUGAGGGCGUGUAGGACGUAGGCUGCAUUUAUCUAACUAGCGUAACUAACACAGGUGAACAAGGCAGUAACUUUUGAAUCAACCCAUUCUGUAGGAUAGAGUUUUGAUUCCCAACCGAUCAGCAGGUGACGCUUCCGAGACUCUUGUCUGUUUCUGUUCUAAAGGUAAUUCAAAUUUCCUGUCUUUUAAUGUUUAAUUGUUUCUGGAUGUCAAAGAGGUUAUUAGUUUCAUGGAAUUAGCUUGGCUGAUAUGUUGCCUCGGCCACUCUUCAGCACACUGAGAGCAAAGAUGUGGGUGUGUUGGAGGCUGAUGUGCACUUAGAACUGUUGUCCAGGGGAGAGAAGCAGCUCUGUGGUUAGUUUCCUCUUGUUAAGCGUUCUGAGACGCUACCCUGAGUGGAGAGCGCUACAUGAGUGCAAGUUGUUGCUGUUGUAGUCACAGGGCCCUCCACGCCUGGUUCCCAACAGGGAGCAGUAUUUUAGUGGAUGGCUACAGUACCGAACAAGCAAAUCACAGACCAGAGCUCAAACUAGGUAUCGGGAGCAAGUGCCUUAUGCAGUGCAAGACGAUCAAAGCGGAGGCUUUCUCUGUACUUACAGACCCACGCUCUAAAGCGUGUGAACAUGUGUCAGCGCCCACACUGCGUGCACACGCCUCCUGCACACGGCUGUUCUAAGGCUCAGGCCAGUGCGGCUGCAGCAAACCUCAGGUUCUCCUCCAGCUGCGGGCCUGAUGCAUCACCGUUAAUGGGCGGAAUAUCUGGGGGCCUCAGUGCUUGCUCACACGGCACACCUUCCCACCAGACCGCAAGCACCGACCGACCGCUCACACAGAACCAUCUCUGAACUUGCUGCAACGUUUGCGUGAAGGUUCCAGGAGAGAGCAGCAAAUCCCUCCCAUUCGAGCUCCCGCAUAGCGAGCACUGCCGCCCUGUGAUGAGAGCGCAGGUUAGCCUGCAGGUCCCAGGCCAGAGGUAGAUGCGGUUAUCCAGAGGCUGAUUGACUUGACGCAGUCUGGCUCUGAAUGGAGAUGUGCUGUUGACACGCGCCCGGCCAGAAGCCAAGUCAAUAUCGCUGUUAUUAGAAACAUUUUUACAUGAAACAAAUCACGCCAAAGAGUUGUGCUCGGGGGCUGCUGGUCGAGCCUGUCUGCCAGCACAGCACACAGAGUGCGUGUUAGCGGCUCUGUUGUGUGAAUGUGAGUGUAUUAUGCGGCUUGGGUACCCCAUGUGUAAGUGCUGGAUUGCCCGUGACGCUUUUCGUUGGCGAGUUGCAUCAUUAGUGACACCUGUAUUCCCACCCCCACCCCCACCCCCCCCCAUGGACACACAUGUUUGCACAUAAGUUUACCCAAUUCGCAAAAUCCGCACAGCUGGUAUAAUAGUGAGUUUGACUUCUGGAUUGCCGUACGCAACAGUUCACCAUCUCUUUCAAAGCUGAUCAUCUUUUGGAAUUUUUGCUGUUAUAAAUAUUGCAAUCCAGCCAAUAACAGGAGUGUUGUUCAUCUGAAGGUUAAGGAGAAUGUUUUUAAUUUAAAAAUUGUCGGCGAAUUUAUUGCAAAUAGAAGAAUCGCAGCAAAGAGCA